CCCAUCAUUGGUGUCAGUGGGAAGAAUCGUGCCCCUUCAUUAGUGUCAGUGGGAGGAAUAGUGCCCCAUCAUUGGUGUCAGUGGGAAGAAACGUGCCCCAUCAUUGGUGUCAGUGGGAAGAAAUGUGCCCCAUCAUUGGUGUCAGUGGGAGGAAUAUUGCCCCAUCAUUGGUGUCAGUGGGAGGAAUAUUGCCCCAUGAUUGGUGUCAGUGGGAGGAAUAGUGCCCCAUCAUUGGUGAUAGUGGGAAGAAUCGUGCCCCAUCAUUGGUGUCAGUGGGAGGAAUAGUGCCCCAUCAUUGGUGUCAGUGGGAGGAAUAGUGCCCCAUCAUUAGUGUCAGUGGGAGGAAUAGUGCCCCAUCAUUGGUGUCAGUGGGAGGAAUAGUGUCCCAUCAUUGGUGUCAGUGGGAGGAAUAGUUUCCCAUCAUUGGUGUCAGUGGAAAGAAUUGUGCCCAAUCAUUGGUGUCAGUGGGAGGAAUAGUGCCCCAUCAUUGGUGUAAGUGGGAAGAAACAUGCCCCAUCAUUGGUGUCAGUGGGAGGAGUAGUGCCCCAUCAUUGGUGUCAGUGGAGGAAUAGUGCCCCAUCAUUAGUGUCAGUGGGGGGAGGCAUAGUGCCCCAUCGUUGGUGUCAGUGUGUGUG